UUUAUACUCGAUUUAAUCACAUUUUUACAAUCUUUCUAUUUCUCUCUCUAAAUAUCAUUUGAUUUAUUUCCGCACUUUACACCUUUAUGUAUCUCACUGCAAUCACUCUUUCAUCUCUUUCGACUCUCCACAAUCUUCUCCAAUCUGCUGAUUCUUCACACUUCCCUCCGCUUUCUGCAAAUUAAAACAUCAACGCGCUUUCUUCAAGUUAUAUCCAGAGAAAUCCACUUCACAAUAAUCAGAAAAUGGUUGGAUGCAAAAUCCGGUCGAGGAAGAGAAAAUCGGCGGCGGCGGAGGAGUGGAUCAGCGGUCUGCUGAGGAGCGAAUUCUUCCGUACGUGCGUCGAUCACGAGGAGUUCAGAAAGAAUGAGAAGAAUUUGUUUUGUAUAGAUUGCAAUCUGUGCUUAUGCAAGCAUUGCGUGACUUUAUCGCCGCCGCCGCACCACCGCUGCUUCCACCGCCUCCUGCAAAUCUGUAAAUACGUUUACCGCGACGUCGUUCGCCUCCACGAUAUUCAGCCAUAUCUAGACUGCUCUCUCAUACAAGCAUACAAAAUAAAUGGGGAAAAAGCAGUACAUUUGAAUCCAAGGCCUCAGCAAAAAGAUGCAAAAAGUUCAAAGACAAAAGGUGGUGGCACUUGCUGUGAAGCUUGUGGCAGGCACAUUCAAGACUUGCCUAAUCGCUUCUGUUCCAUUGCUUGCAAAGUUUCUGUCGGCGAAGAAGAAAUCACAAUAAAUGGAAGCAACAUUAUAGGUGCUACGAGUGGCUGGAGCGAUGGGCAAAUUCCGAGUUUGGAAACAGAAGAAAAUUCAUAUGAAAACGGAUAUACUUCUUUAACGGAGUCGUGUGAAGUCAUUCAAGCGUGGUUACUGAGGCCGAAGAGGAUGCUGCACAAGAGAAAGAGUUUGCCAAAGAGGUCUCCCUUGUCUUGAAUUUUUUUGGUUCAGUGUGUUGGACUAUAUUGUUGUGAGACGGAUCAAGAUUUGAAUCUUUAAUCAUACGGUAUAGCAUAUUUGUAAUUACAAACACUAAUAAAAUUGCAAAUACAAUGUUGAAAUAUGAGUUUAGAUUCGAA